AUGAAGUGUAUCGCCUCUUAUUCUGCAGAAAUCAACGAGCAUGAUACGGAAUCUGUCACAACCAGCGGCGAAGAUAAAACCUUUACACCACCAGAUUCGAAUACUUCUCCCAGCGAGCUGUUUUUGUCUAGGAGCCCCAUCCAGUCUCAUAUAUCAUCUGUAGGACAGGUUCCAUACAAAGGCCAGUCCUAUACCAUCCGCGAUCCUCAAACAAACCUCUUCCUUGGAGUUGAAUAUGGUGAAUUGAAGAUGGUUUCUUGGGGGAUAAAUAGCGGUCGCGAGAUGUUCUGGCAUUGUGACGAGCAUGAAGACAGGUAUCUCGGCUUCAGGAACCUUGCUUCGGGGACUUACAUGGGUCAUGAUGGUCAUGGCAAAUUUGUUGCGGUAUCACGAACACACCAUGACCCCGCUGGAUGCUUUUUUUGGCCCAGACAAUGUCCUAUCACGGGAGGCCAGAUCCUGUUUGUUAAGAGGCAACACUAUUUUUGGGUCUGGCAUGAGCCUGUGAAGACAGACCAUGACACAGCGCUGGUGGUUACUGAUCGCGGUGGAGAGGGUACCCCUCUGGAAUUUACCCGACUUGAGUGUAUUUGA